CACGGGCACCACUCAUUCCAAGCCCACCACCAACAACAAGAACAAAAAUACUAUUAUGAAAUAAAACAACAACAACAACUGAUUAGCCAUGCAAGACAUUGAGUAAGAUAUGAAAGUAUUCUAUUUUGUUCAAGUGUAUACAAUAUAAAUCCAAAUUGCCUUUACUUAUUAUCAUAAUAUAUAGCCAUAUAGGUGAGCAGCGAAGAUUAUUCGAAGGAAAACAAAAACCUCAUUGGAGUUCAAUUAAGCUUCCUUUUAUUGCAAAAUACAUAUUUGUAACACCCAAAAAAGGGGGAAAAGAAAAACAAUAAAUUUCCCAUCUAAGAUCAGAAACUCAGGAAGUAAGAAAGAGGAAUACAUAACCUUGAAACUUCUUAAAGGCCCACAUGGACCACCCAAGAUAAUAAAAACAAAUUCACUUCUCUCUCAACAAAAUGAAUUGGAUAAUGUGAUUCAAAUCAGAGGUUCAAAAACCUCUUCCAUUGCAUUCAUCUCAUGGUCACUAAAAUCUUUUGGUCUCCACACUUCUCUUGCUAACCUAAACUGGUGCAAAUUUCAAAGAAUGAUCCAUCUAAAAGCUAUUCACUCCCCUUUAACACCUACACAACAAGCUCCUAUUAACACAACUUGCUACUUUAGGAGGAAAAAACCUUUCAUUUCCUUGUGCAAGUCAAGAAAAUCAGAUUCAGAUGGUAAAGGAGAUACCCGUCAACAAGAAUUGCUUGCCAGAAUUGUUCUGCUUCAAACCCAAAAAGUUCGUUUAACUGAAUACUUGGAUGAAAGAUCUGCAUAUCUAACACAGUUUGCUGAAGAAGCCAAUUGUGAGAUGGACCAGAUUGGUGAAAAUGCCAUCAAAGAACUGGAUGAAGCUGGUGCAAGGAUAAUGGAAAAUAUAGAGAACCAGAUGCAAGUUUUUGAAGAAUCAGUAGGGUUGAACAAAGAGGAGGUAGAAGAGAAUGAAAAGAAGUUAGCCGAUUUUGAAGGCCAAAUGGAGGAGGAAAGAAACGAAUGGCUUUUCUUUAACAACUUAAGGCAAAGACAACCCGUGGACAAAGCAAAAGCUAAGGAGGAGAUGGAGAAGAUUAAGCAACUUAGUAGAGAAAGUGCUGGGUCAAAGACUAGAAGAACUAUUUACUUUGCACUUAUAGGCCUUGUAGUAGUUGGGAUUGCAGAUGUUUUCAUCUCUUCACCUUCUGACUGGAGAAAAGGUGCAGUUCUUGGGAUUAUUUUGGUGUGUUUGCUUUCUCAAGUCAUCUAUGAGCAGAGUGUUUUAUCAGAAACCGAACUGGAGAGAGAACAGACAUCCAAAGAAGAAAAAAAGUGAAAUCCUCUCUGUUUUGCAUCCUACUUAUUUUCCAAAAAAAAUAUAUAUAUAUAUAUAUACUAUCAGAGAGUAUUGUAGCAUGAGUUAUAACCCCAAAAUAAAAUCUUAUUACUCGAGGCUGAUAUAACAUGCCAUAGUUUAUCUUGCAUCAUGCAUGUUUCGUGACAACACUGUAGCCAUCAAAAAUUGGAUGUGUAUUAUAUUGAUCAAAGGAAUGAUACUUGCUGAGGUAUAGAGAAUAUUGAAGUUUGUAGGACUUCAGAAUUUGGGUCUCCUGCAUUUCUUUAGUAAUCAGUGGUAACAUUGAUGUGGUCUGGAGAAGCACACAAGUCUAAGAGGAAAUAGGUUCUAUUGAUCGAAAGAUUCUAUUUUUGGAGUAAGGAAACAGUCUACUGAUGGAAAGAUUCUUACGCCAUUCAAGACACUCAGGGUACAUCAAUCAAGUGAAAAUCUUCAGAAGAGAUGUACAUCCGUCUUUAGGGAAACAAAUAUAAUCAGCUCCCUAGCAUUCACGGAACAUAGAAAUGCCAUUCACAAGAAAAGUCCAACUCUUAAUGAAAUUUCCUUGUUCCCUUUA